GCAACGCGAGCAAUAAUCGAGCUUCCUUGUGCACCUACAUAAAAACUAACCUCCGAAGAGUAAAAUAACCACUGCCUGCUUGCACCAGAAAUGGAUUAUUCGGCUUGGAACUUCGCACACUCGGCAUUGCUUGCAGCCGUUGCUAUCUUCAGUUGCAACUGUGGAGCCCAAUAUGUCAAGACAAAUUCCGAAGAAGAUCUUAACCUUCUUAAGGUACUCAAUACACCCGAACCACUUUUUCUUUUCUCCUGGAAACCUAAAAUACCUACAAACGAAACAUGCGUAGGAUAUGACUGCACAAAACAGACAAGAACCUGCGAACAUAUGCGAAAAAUAGCGAUGAACAGAAUUUAUUAUAACCAUACAGUGUCCAAGCUUGUAUCUGAUAACACUUGGCUGAACGAUACUCUAAUGGGAAAAUUUAUAUUGGGCAAUCCGCCACAUAAAAUGAAUGUCUACAAUCUAACAGAACCCAUUCCAGAGCCAUAUCUAAGCUCUUACUGUAUGGAGCUCAUAUAUAGUCAGCCAAUAACUUAUAACUGCAGCGUUAUGCUUGUAUCUAAAGACAUUUAUGGAAUGUGCAAUCCCUCGGACCCUAACGUACUGGCUACCACAAAGUGCAGCCUGUACAUGCGCGGAAAGCUCCCUUCCCGUGUGUACCCUCCGAGGGACUGCCAAUUUGCGUUCAACAGGUGCAGCAGUUCGAGAAUAAUUUAUAUGCCGUACAGUCCGAGUUGCGCCGUUCAUGUUCCAGAAGAAGAGGGAAGAAAACACUAAGGCCUUGGGAAAGUUCAUAAGCACUUUUUCAUGAACCAGCAAUAAAAUAUUUUAACGUGUUUCACAAAUAC